CUUCUUUUUUUCUCAUUUGCAGUUCCAAAACAACAACAACAACUACAUGAACAUGGCAGAGGCCAACGGUGCUCUGCUCGCUGCUGGUGAUACUUUUCACACACCCAGCUUGGGAGACGAGGAGUUUGAGAUUCCUCCCAUUACACCUCCACCUGAGACGGAGUCCGGUCUGGGUCUAUCAGAUGUGGACUCGCCCUUCCCAGCAAUGCCAGAGCCGCCAGUUCCUCACAGGGGUCUCUUAAUCCCCCAGUUCCCCCCUCAGAGCCUGGACCUGCCCUCUAUCACCAUCUCACGCAACAUGAUGGACCAGGACGGGGUCUCCGUCAACAACGGCCAAGCUGUGAAUGUUGGACCGGGCCACCAUCGCCAAUACCCACCCAACCCUGCCAUGGUGAUGAAGUCCAUCAUCAGCAUGAACAGCCCCAACGGGAUGUUAUCACGGAAUCAGCUGACCACCAUCAACCAAUCCCAACUCAGUGCGCAGCUGAGCCUAAACAUGGCAGGACCCAACAUCACCCAUACUUCCCCGUCACCGCCUGCCAGCAAGUCCGCCACGCCGUCUCCCUCCAGCUCCAUCAAUGAAGACGACCAGGAGGAAGGCAACCGGGUCAUUGGAGAGAAGCGACCAGCUCCCGUAGAUCCCGCAAAGAAGCCCAAGACUCCUAAGAAAAAGAAGAAGAAGGAUCCCAAUGAGCCCCAGAAGCCGGUCUCGGCUUAUGCGCUGUUCUUCAGAGACACCCAGGCCGCCAUCAAGGGUCAGAAUCCCAACGCCACCUUUGGGGAGGUGUCCAAGAUUGUGGCCUCUAUGUGGGACGGUCUGGGAGAGGAGCAGAAGCAGGUUUACAAAAGCAAAACCGAAGCUGCCAAGAAAGAAUAUUUAAAAGCCCUUGCUGCCUACCGUGCUAGCCUGGUUUCCAAGGCUGCAGCAGAAUCGGCCGAGGCCCAGACCAUCCGCUCGGUACAGCAGACCCUGGCCUCAACCAGCCUGUCCCCGGGCCUGGUGCUGCCCUCGCCUCUCAACCAGCACCCCUCCAUGUCAUCAGCGGCCCAGGCCCUCCAACAGGCCCUACCACGGGCCAUCGCCCCAAAACCUCUGCAGAUGAGACUAGGGGGCAAUCAGAUCGUGACCUCGGUUACGGUCUCCCACCAGAACAUGUCCUCUGGGAUGUCCCCGCAGCUGCUCGGCCAGAUGGGUGCCGGAGGGGGCAUGGUGGCGGGUGCCCAGUCCACAGCGGUCUCUCAGAUGAGCCCACCGAUGCAACCGGUGCAGCAGCAUGCGAUGCAGCAGCUCCAGCAGCAGCAGCAGAUGCAGCAGCACCUCCAGCACCAUCAGAUGCAGCAGCAGCAGAUGCAUCACCAGCAGAUCCAGCAGCAAAUGCAGCAUCAGCAUUUCCAACACCACCUCCAGCAACAGCUGCAGCAGCACCACAUGCAGCAGCAGCAGCAGCAUCAACAGCAGCAUCAACAGCAUCAACAACAGCAGCAUCAACAACAGCAGCAGCAGCAGCAGCAUCUCCAGCAGCAGCAGCAGCAGCAGCAGCAGCACCAGUCCCAGUGUUCCCCACCCCAGCACUCUCCCGGUACCCCCCAUUCAGUGGGAGGCUCUGCGUCGCUUGGCAGCCCCCAGCCCGCCCAACAGCAGCAACCACACCCCUCCCAAAUCCAGGCCCACGCCCAGGUUCUGUCCCAAGUGAGCAUUUACUGAGCCAAAUGGAAGUCCUAUCUCCCAGAACAGGAAGAGAAUAAAAGCAUCGUUCCCCGUUGCUUUUCUACAUUGCACUUAAAAAGUGUGAAAGACUUAGAAUGUUAUACAAAGAACUUGUCCAUUGUUAUAGACGGAUAUGCACACGCGUGUACAGGGGGUGAACAUGUUGACUGGGUUUUUGUCUAUAAAAUAGGCUGAGCUACGACGGAAGCCUGAUAAGGCGAGCUCCCAGUGUUUGUUUGUUUGUGCGGUCUUUCGGUUGUCAAUUUAAACUGGCUGGGCACACGAAAUGUUAAAAGACUUGUCUUUCCCUGUUUUAUUUAACAAGAAAGCUUUAUUUAUGAGGCCAGAGUUGUCAGUUUGAAUACGUUUCAACUAAAGGAUUUCUAUCGGCUCUUACCUGGACUGAGUGACUCAGACGAUAUCUGCUGGAAACCAGUAACACACAAACAUCAAUCUUUGUUCCCUCACCGGCCAGUAAUUGACAAAACGGUCUUGACUCAACUUUCUCCUUCACCUUCGCAAUGACUUGGGAGGAAAAUGGUUCUUCAAAUCAUCACAGGUCGGAGGCCCGCUGAUGUGGCAACACGCAAGUCACGUCACAAAUGUAGGAAAAUGUGGACAGAAAAUACAAAGUGUAGUGACAUGGCUCUAUGAAUGAAAGACUGAACGGACGGAGACGGAAACUGCCAUGGAUCAUUUAUUUCAUCACGUUUUCAAGCUGUAGCUGUGAUCUGCUGUACAUGUUUUGUAGAGUGAGGAGAGACGAGACCUCUCGCAUCCCAUAAUCUUUGCCCAAAAGCGCGUCCCUGGCAACCCAGAUGUUUUAACAAUUAAAUUAUGUUUUUAUUUUGUGUAACAAAGGGGAUAUUUUAUGGUAAAAGCAAAUGUCAAGGCCGACGGUUUGGGGAUUAAUGCAUUUUUACUCUGUUCCUUGAUGCGUCAUUGUUUUAAAAAAGGAAAAAAGAAAACUAGCAGAGCCAGUUUCUUGCACUGCCAAAGCCAAUUGAAAAAGGCAUCGGAGUUAUUUUUGCCGGCUGUACAGAAAUCCCUGGAAAGAAAGAAAAUUGUUGUACAUUUUUCAUAUCACAUGUUGUAAAGUUUUAAUAUGUGAGGCUUUAAUUAAAACAUUGUUAAACGACCUGUGGAUUGCUAUAUCACAUAGUGCAUUUCUGCUCUUUUAUACUUUUUUUAUGAGUUACAAUCGCAGCGAUUCAUUUUUGUUUGUAUUUUGCUUAUGAAACCAACUGCUUUUGAAAACUGUCCAUAGAGUUAAACGCAUAUCGGUACGGAAAGGUUGUUUUCAGCUCACAAUAGGAAAAGUAAUUUAAUGUUUGAGUUGUUGCUCGGCCAUGAAGACAAACCCAGAGACAUUCCAUCACUAAUAUGAUAGUAGCCAUAAUUUUGUAUGAAGUAUUAUAUAUUUCUUUGUGUCUCUGUUCAAAAUUAAACUAUCAAUCACAAAUA